AUGUUAUUAGAUGUUUAUGGAAAAGGAGAAAAUAAGCUUCUUUACUUGCAAAGUUUAUAUGACUUAGGGCAUAUAAUUGUGGAUCAGCAUCGUCUUUCACUGAGAACAUGCCCUCUAUACACCAAAAGGCUUACCGGAUGUCCUCUGCAGAGCACAAGUUUAUCCAACAGGACCACUACCAUUAAAAGAAUGACUCGCUUUCACGUGACUAAACAACAAUCGGCCCAUAAUCAUCUUGUCAAAAAUGUUAUUGAUUAUUACUCGCUUGAAAAACAGAACCCUUUGAGGUUCUUACCACCUUAUAACACAAAUAAUUCUUGGAAAAUGGCCCUAGAAAAGGUGGUUUAG